AUUUAGUCCUUAGAAUUUAAUGGAGAUAGAGAGUUACAGAGUUCAGUUCAUAGCAUCGAGAGAAGAAGGCAAAGGAAGGUAUGUAACUUUUGUGCCCUCGUAGUUCCCAUUUCCAUGGAAACUUCUUCUCUGGAUUCUGGGUUGCUACUAUCAGCUGAAAAAAACCCUAAUUUCUGUCUCUCUUUCUCGUCUUGCAAAAACCCUAAUUUCUGUCUCUCUUUCUCAUGUUUCAGUAACUUGUUUAGUCUGUACCUCUUUCUGUUCUUGAAUUCUGCAUUGAUUUAGAUUUCGAUUUCAAUUCAAUUUCUGUUUCGGAAUUGUUCAAAGUGAAAAAGUGGUUAUUGGAUUUCCUCAAAGGAAAGUGUAAAAUUCAAGUCUUUAAGAAAAAAUGGUGGAGGUGUGGUGGUCACUGAUAGGAGCAGCAGUGCCUGCACUGAUUGCAGGUCAAGCUUGGAGGAUAAAGAAGAGACAUGGGGAAGAAGAGAGGAUCAAGAGUGCUCGAGGCAGAGAGAAGAGCUCUGAUGAAAUCUUUGUCUGUGAAAGAGUUUGCACCUCUAAAAGAAUGCUGAAAAAGGUUGGAGCUUUCUCUAAAGAUCCCAUCCCCGACACUUGUGUUACUGUCUGCGGUGUAUCUGAGCUCGACGCUUGCUCUGAUGCUUGUGCUCGAACUGUUUGCGUUAACCAGCAUCAAGUUGCUAAUUGGAAUGACAUUUGUCUCAGAAGAUGUCAAAGUGAAUGUCUUAAGCUCUCUUCUUCUUCUUCUCGCUCUUCAUGAAUUUGAAAGACUAUGGUUUGUUGUUGUUAUCUUUUGAAAUGGAGAUGGUAUUUGAAUCUGAAGUUUUCAUUAGUUUAUAUAAUAACAUUAUGAGCAAAUUUGGUUGAUGGUUACAUUU